AUACAAAAGAAUCAGAUAUAGAAAAAUAUAAUAUUAUAUUUAAGUAUUUCAAAUUUUAAAUAAUUUGUUAUUUUAGUUAAUAUUAUAAUAAUUUUAUAUAAAUAAAGUGUUUAAAAAUGCAAUAUAUUAUAUAUUGUAUUUAAAAGAUAUUAUAUAAAUGCAUAUGAAAGUAUUUUUAAUUUAUAUAUUUCUCUUUGUAAAUUUGAAAAAAAUAAUCACUAUUCAAAUACAAAGUACAAGUUGCAUUUGAAAUUGUAAAUUGACUAUAGUAGUAACAAUCAUGAUGCCAAUAGCACAUCUCGUUAAAGUAACUCUUCCAAAUUAUUUAGCUGGAUUACCUAUUCCAGAUUCUAUAGGAGGAUGGUUUCGACUUGGAAUACGAGACUGGAUUGCCUUAAUUCCACCUACCGCAUUAGUAGCAGGUAUUGGUUACAUGUCAUACAAAGCAUUUUGUCCAUUGGCUAGAUCACCAUGUGGACUUGUGAAUCUCAGUGUAAAAAAAGAUGUAAAUAAAGUAGUAGAUUCAGUUGAUAUAGAAGAUAUUACUGAAAAAGCUGCAUUUUGUCGUUGUUGGAGAUCUAAAAAUUGGCCAUAUUGCGAUGGUGCUCAUGGACGUCAUAAUCAAGAAAUGAAUGAUAAUGUGGGUCCUCUUGUAAUUACAAGAAAGAAAGAUUAAUGUGUACCAUACACAAAUGUUAUUGUAUGUACUUUCAAUCUGAUUAAUAACAAGAAAAAAACUAUUUCUGCAAACAAAAAUGUAGGUGUCUUAUAAAAAAAUGCAUUAAAUAUUGAUGUAGAUAAAUAUUCAAAAUAAAUAAAAGAAUAAUGUUAAGUACAAGAUGCAAAA